GGAAAAUUGGAAUUGAUAAAAAGUUAAAUUCGACGAACUGACCUCGAAAUGUGGAAGUGCAGUGAAUAAAUAAUAUAGUGAAUCGACAUCGGAGAGAAAGAUAUGGAGAGAUGCAACGCUAUUUUAUUACUCCUUUAUUUCGCAAGUUAUAGUGGAGCUUUACGUUUGACGAGCAUGUCGGCACCUAAUAUAGCCGAUGUGCGAGACAAAAUGGAGCUGGAUUGUCAUUUUGACAUGGGCAAUGAGGAAUUAUACGCCGUGAAAUGGUACAAGGAUGACCAGGAGUUCUUCAGGUAUAUGCCCAAAGGGCAGCAGCAAAUGAUGUCGUUUCCGGUACCCGGAGUCAAGUUAGAGACACACGGAGGUGACUGUAAUCAACGAAGGUGCAAGAUCAACUUGACUGAUUUGACGAGAAUGCACAGUGGCGGCGCGUACAGGUGCGAAAUUUCAAGCGAAGCACCCGCUUUUAGAUUGGCUUCGGAAACCCAUAACGUUACCGUAGCAGCUUUAGCAAAAGAUCCUCCAAAAAUCGAUGGACUCGCAGAAACUUAUAUGGAAGGAGAUACUUUUAACGUCAAAUGCACCUCGAAUUACGCCGAUCCCGAACCGAUAUUGACAUGGAAAAUCAACGGAUUAGAUCCUCCGCCGGACGCCAUAUCGCACAUUUCGAGCUCUGAGCCUGAUCAUAUGGGCCUGAUCGCUCAAACUCUAACAUUGCGUUUCACCAUGAAUGAAAGAUCGCUCCAAGGGAGAGAAAUAGAGGUAAGAUGCGAGUCCAUCCAGCCGGGCCUGCCGGAAUCCAAGAGGACCAGCUCAAAGAAGGUACCAAUUAGAACACCAGGCGAUCAGCAGGAGGUCAAAAAACAAAAAUGGUACGCUUCUGGAUUCGCAUCCAAAUUCGGACCGUCUAUCCAGAUCCAUAUAGCGUGGUUAUUACUGUGGGUUCUGGUGAUGAAAUGGAUAUAAAUUAACGUAAGAAGUGUAUUAUAAUGGUUUGUGUUAGAGACUGACGAUAAUGAUGUUGAUGAUGUGAAUAGUUGAAAGAGAAAGAUACAUCAUAAAUUUUUAAAUUAAGGUUACUGUUAAAUUAAGUAGAUAAUUUUAGGUUAUAACAUUAAUAAUAUGGAUAACAUUAAUAUUUCCACUAAAUUUGCAUUUUGAAAAUGUAAAUAAAACCAAACAUUAA